CUGUCACCAUGUUUCUCAAGUGUUUCGUAACAUUCUUAGUUUUGUGUAUAAUACACCAUUCGCAGAGUAAGCCCACUGAGGAUUACAUAACAGAGGGUCGCGGGAUCGGUUCCACAAUCUGGGGAUGGAUAACGUAUCCCUUCUACUGGUGGGGGUCAAGCGAGUCGAAAAUCCCUCCGGAGAACGACCACCUGUACCCCCCAGUGGUGGCAUUCGGGCCCUACGACAACAUUGAGAUAGCUAAACGCAACGUGACCGUGUGGUGCAACGAACAAACUUGUACAACAAUGAAAUGCGAUAAAUACGGCUGUAAGAAUGUCACGUGCAGUAUUUACGACACCAAUUUUAGGGGAGAAUGCAGAGAGUACAAUACAGACUUGAAACCGGAGGAGCCUACCACGACCCAGCCUGUGGAAGUCGUUUCUCAUUUACCAACAGACGACAAAGUGACAGAGUCCUCUCAGCCCCCAGAGUCUAUUACAUCAGCACCUGUAACAUCGGCCGUCGGCAAUAACCAACCGAUUGAAGAGCGUCCAACAGUACUCGAAGCAGCAAUAUCAUCUACUAUCACGGAGAAAACCAGUGAGAAAGCACCGGCCGCGACAAAGGAUAAGACCUCUAGUUUGCAAAAUAAGAUUUAACUACAACAGAUGGCCAAGACCGAGGGUUCUACUCUUACAUUCUCGAAGUAGAUAAGAUCUUAUCACAGCAAGUUUUUUCCAUGUUAAGGAAUUAUGCAACCAGUCUCACAAACAAACUAAUUACUGAUCUAGAUAUGGACUCAUUCUGCGCGGACGGAGCCUGCUACUAUACCACGUGUGAAGGAAAUAAUUGCGAAAUAAAAUACUGCAAAUACGACCUAAUGAGUGCUGAAAAUAAGUGUACCACAAACAAAUCUUUAGGAAUGUUCAAACUGGAUCUCUUGACCAAUAAAAUUUUACCUCUAACUGAGCGUGAAAAUAAUACCGCUGCUAAUACUGAAGAGAAUGAUCUAAAAUUAAUAAAUAAAAUUCUAAACAAGUGAUGUUCUGAGAAACUUACCUAAACAUUACAUAACACAGCAUCGUGUCUGUAUCCCCAAAGGGAUAGGCAGAGGUGUACUGUAAACCUACUCCUUGCCAGCUAUGUUUAAGUCCCAUGUAACGGGGGGCGUACCCAUUGCCACUUACCAAAACGAAAUACAUUAUUUACGUUAUAUUGUCGUCUGUAGAGCUUCUUAUCCAUUUAUCUCAUCAAGCAAUGUAAUUAAGAUAAGUAAGUUGGAGCUUAUUGUUUGUUAACUCAAAGCAUUUUU